AUGUAUCGUUCAAUUAUUAGCAAGAGAGCGACAGCAGCAGUAGGGGCUUCAUCCUUCUUCUCAUCCUCAUCAACGAUCACAACAAGUAGAGUACUACCACAGGCAUACCACUUAUCCGCUACUUCUUUAUCUCCUGUAUCACAUACUACAAAACUAUCGUACUCUACAAAGAAAACCUCUACUACAUCCCCUCCUCCUCCUCCUCCAAAGGUUAAAGGAUCCGCAACAAAUCCAAUCGUCCCUCCACCUAAGAUCCCAACUCAUUCUUCAACAUCUGGUUCUUCUUCCUCUUCCUCUUCUUCCUCGUCAUCAUACACAGGCGACGCUUCAAAAGAUAAUAAGAUAGGUUUAGGUCUAGGGAUCCUAGCAGCAGCAACAGCUAUCUAUUUCGUAACAAAUCCUUCCAAGAAAAAGAAGAAGAAGAAGGAAGUUAAACAACAAGAAGCAGUGGAUGCUCCGAAGAAUGAGACUGUUCAAGAACGUCAACAGAAGGAUUUAGAUUCUUCUUCAGAUGAUUCUAGUGCUGAAGUGCAAGGACAAGAACAAGAUACUGCUUCGUUUAUGGAAGAUAGCGCUGAUUCUACUAAUGACAGUCCUACCAACGAUACCGAAGAGAAGGAAAAAGAAGAUGAUGACGAACAAAAAGAACAAGCAAGGGAAGAUGUGACUAAAAAAGAAGAAGUAGCACAAGGCAACGAUGACGACCACAAUGGCAUUCUAAGUACAAUGGAUGAAAGCAAGGGUUUGAGUACCAAAGGUGAGAAGAUCCAAAAGAUGGAAAAUGAUGAAAUGUCCAAAAAGGAGGAAGAAAUGAAAAAGGAAAGUGCAUAUGAUCCAGAAACUGGUGAAAUUAAUUGGGAUUGUCCUUGUUUAGGUGGUAUGGCUCAUGGUCCAUGUGGUGAAGAAUUUAAAGCUGCCUUCUCUUGUUUCAUAUAUUCAAAUGCAGAACCUAAGGGAAUUGAUUGUGUAGAUAAAUUCCAGCAUAUGCAAGAUUGUUUCAGAAAAUAUCCUGAACAUUAUGCCGAACAAAUUAAAGAGGAAGAUGAAGCAUCUGCUGCUAUCGAUAAAGAAUCAGGUUCAGGAGAAACUACAAUCGAGGAAGAGAAAGAUAUGGCUUCUUUGGCUUCAAACACUGAUAAAUCUAAAAAUGAAUCAUCAGAUUCAACAGAAUCAUUCGAAAUAAUUGACAAUAAGAAAGAUGAAUCGGAAGAGAACGCGACUAAGUAA